AUGGCCGGUGGUAUGACGUCUACCACAUUGAUUCUGCUUCUCCACUUAUCUCUGCACACAGUCGACGAAGGCCACGCAGUAAACCCCAGUUGUUCAUGCAUCCGGUUCACGUCGACGCACGGCAAGCCGCGCGGCACGUUCAGCAGCCCCGACUACCCGCGGGCCUACCCCCCGCGCGUCGACUGCCUGCUCUACACCUUCGUCGCGGCGCCGCAUCAGAUCGUCGAGUUGGUCUUCACCACAUUCGACGUUUACAAGGAGCAUCUUGACUGCACCCAUGGCGACUACCUCAAGGUUUACUCCGAAGGCUUCCACGGCCCAGGUCCCCCUGGCAUCAACGAGUACUCGGCCUGGUCCAGGGUGCUUUGCGGGAGUAGGGCGGACACCCCACCAGCCCUGUACUCCCAUGGACCCCUGCUCGUCUUGGAGCUACAUACGGGACCUAAGAUUUCGAAUGCUACGGGAUUCGUUGGGAACUAUAGGUUCAUUGAUAGAAAAAACUUUGAAACAGACGGCGUGCAAGUGCCCGACACGUGGUGUGACUACGUGUUCAACUCGCAGCCCAACAGGCCUACCUUCGGGAGGCUAUACAGCCCUCGAUAUCCUUCGAGUUACCCUAGCAAUGUCAGAUGCACGUAUCAUUUUAACGCUAGACAAAAUGAACGAAUAAAAUUAGUAUUUGAAGAAUCAUUUCUACAGAAAGGAGACGAAAGUUGUUUAAACCGAGCUGAUAUCAUCAAAGUAUUUGAUGGCCGAUUACAAACCUCGCCUGUACUGGCAAUGUUGUGUAAUGAAGUUUUAGGUUAUGAAAUUUUAUCAACCGGAUCAGAGUUAUUAGUACAAUUCACUGCUAAUUCCAAUUCACCGGGACAAGGCUUCAAAGCGAGCUAUCAGUUUCAAAUGGACGACAAUUCUAGCGCAGAAUCAGACAUAAAGAAGUCAGUCACCACGGAACCAAUACCCGGACUAGGACCUGCAGUCAGUGCUACAACAUCUUCCUGCCACAAGAUGUUCAGGAGUGACAAGAGUAAAACGGGGAAGCUAACGUCUCCACAAUACCCCGCUCCCUAUCCCCAGAAGACACAAUGUGACUACGACUUCCUGGCGAGGGGCAGGGAACGCGUCAGACUUGUGUUCGAAGAUUUCAGCCUGCAGAGGAUGACUGAGAAUAUCAUUGAUUGCGAAAGUAUGGACGCUCUCGACGUAUUUUUAUAUGUGGACGGGCGACAGGAGAAGAUGGCGUCCUUUUGUGGGAACGAUAUACCGAAGCCAAUAAUGUCGAAUGGACCAAAACUGUCUAUUAGGUUCCGAGGGAUAUACUCGUCGAGGUAUAGUCGGGGUUUUAAGAUAGCUUAUUCUUUUGUUGAAGAUUAUGGAAUCACCACUGGGAGCCAACUCUUAGAAUUUCCAUGUGCCUUUGUAUUUAAUAGCAGCGAGAGGGGGAGGGGUGUUGUGACGUCACCGAAUUAUCCAGGGACGUACCCUAGGGACACAGAGUGCAACUACUUCUUUUACGGGAACGACAAUGAGAGGGUUCACUUGCAUUUCAGUUAUUUUGACGUGGAGGGAGUUUUACCAUGCGAAGCUGUCUCCGCGAGUGACUACGUACAGUUCUCCAGUCAAAUGAUAGACUCAGAGAGCCACAGGUACUGUGGUCAGAUGAAGGAGCUCCAGGUGACUUCGGAGAAGAACUUCCUAAGGAUCACCUUCAGGUCUAACGACCGCCUUGACGGCACUGGCUUCAAGGCAGACUAUCUCUUCCUCAGGGACUCAGAAAUGCAUAGCAUUGUUAUGCCGGAUACUGAUAGCGAUAAUGCUGCGGAUGGACUAAAAUUUACAUAA